CGUCACUUUCGUUAGCCCUAGGUAAACCGAGUAUCUCCGGAAUUAGCCGACGGUACUCGAACAGUCCGUCCUACCGGACUGCUGAAGGCGGCCGCAACGCCAUGUUGAGCGAAGUCUCCCAUCUCCGUGAAAAAUGAGUUUAAAAUGCAACAAGAAGACAACAAACGCUGACUGAUUGAAGUGAGCACGCCGGGGAAUAUACUCUGGAGAACGGAACCGAACCGGAUUCACGGACAUCCCGGACGAGGUGGGGGAGGCAAGCCCCCCACCGUCCCCAUGAAGAGCUCUACAAUUCCGAUAAAAAAGCGGCUAUAUAUUAAAAAAGCCUUUUGUACUAAUGGGCUGUGAGCCCGAAUUUUAAGCAAAGGGAUUUGCUGCAACGGUGAAGAGGCUUAUGUAUAAUAGAUAGAUAUACUGUGUAACAUUAUUUAGUAGCGUAUUGUUUGCUUUUGUUCAAAAUCUGCAAUGAGUUUGCCACCGAAAGUGGUGCCGAAACCGGCCGCUGUCGCAGUUAGUGGACCUGUAACCGGGCCAUCUCCAUCAAGCCAACUGCGGGCGACUCUAACCUCCGUGUCGCUACCACCGGGAGCCCCGACUGCUCCUCAACCGCCUGCUGUGCCGCCACCCCAAGUUUUCCUUAACAUGGCACGCCCCAGGUUCCAGCGGGUGCAGCCAGGCCUCGAUGAACGCCUCUUCUCAACACAGCCCGGGGUGGCCGCAGUCUACAGCGUACCCAGGCAUCCCGGAGCACCGUACGCCCCUCACGACCUCUCGAAGGGCCACCCCCAGAUGCAGGGCCCCCCUGGCCCCGGCGGCCCCGGCUCCACGCCCACUCUCUCUCAGGUUUCAGUCCCCACAGCUCCCCCGUAUCGCUACCUUAAGGGCUGGGAGACAGGCGGAGGGUCUCCGUACACAUCUGGGCAGAAUGCUGGCUCCGCCCCACUGGUGUACUCUCCGCAGACACAGCAAAUGAACGUCCAGCCUCAGAGUCGCCCGUUUGUGACGGGACCACGGCCACCACCACCCCACCAGGGAGGAUUCAGGCCCAUCCAGUUCUUGCACAGGGCUCAGAUGCAGACGGCGAGGCCCUCCAUGCCCAACAACAAUGCGUCUAUGCGGCCGGGCUCCCAGACGGCGAACCCCGCCCAGGCCGUCUACCCCCCCAACCAGCCCAUCAUGAUGACCAUGACCAUGCCCUUCCCUGCGCCGCAGGCCGCGCAGUACUACAUCCCACAGUACCGACAUAGUACCCCGUACGUGGCCCCUCCUCAGCAGUACUCUGUGCAGCCGCCGGGUUCUGGAACCUUCUACCAAGGGCCUGGCCCAGGGGAGUACCCAGCGCCUUAUGCUACGCCUUCAUAUUACACAGGUCAGCCUGUGUAUCCCCCGUCUCCACCAAUCAUAGUGCCUACACCACAGCAACCUCCACCCGCCAAACGCGAAAAGAAACCUAUCCGGAUACGGGACCCUAACCAAGGCGGCAGGGACAUCACUGAGGAGAUCAUGUCAGGACGAGUCUCCACCACCCCCACACCGCCCGCUGGACGAGCCUCUACUACACCCACACCCCCACAGCACCCAGGAAGCAGUCACACUCCAGAUCCUAGUGCCACUCGUGCAGCAGCCUACAGCCCUGACUGCUCCCUGAGACAACCGAGUCCAGCUAGCACAGACGGACAGUCGGCAUCAGUGUGUUUUGCUACAGAAGACAAACCCAAACCGGACCCCACACCUCCUCCCACGACUCCAUCUCCAAGCCCAGCACUUCCAGAUGCUUCCGUGGACCCCAGUCCAAGAGAGGCAGGCAGCAACAGCAACAGCAGCAGCAGCAAAUCUGCAAACAAGCCCCCAGCCUUCUCCUCCUCCUCUUCCUCUGCUCCCUCCCCUCCUCUCCCCGCUGUCUCUCCUGUAGCCCCCACUGCUCCCCCCACUGCUCCCCCCUCUGCUCCCCCCACUGCUCCCCACACUGCUCCCCACACUGCUCCCGUGGAGCCAGAGGGGCCCAAACCUGCUCCUGUUGCCCCUGUUGCUCCAGCGGCCCCCGCUCCAGCCCCGGGCCCCGAGGUCUCUGAGGAGUCUCCUCAGGAGCCGGUUGCCCAGACACCUCUGGCCCCCGCCUCCUCUUCUACCCCUUCACCUCCUCCACAGGCUGUCAACGGCCUGGCGGACUCUCCGGCGCCCUCACCCUGCGCGGAGGUGGAACUGCGUGAGGAUGAGGAGGAUGAAGAGGAGGUGGUGGAGGUGGAGGCCGCGCCCAAGCAGGCGGUCAUCCUAGCACCACCCCACCGAGACGAGCCUCAAGAACCGGCUCCGGCGCUCACCGCCGAAUUCCCGCAUCCAGCUGAAGCUCCUGCGCUCAUCACCGCCACUACGACAUCCUCUUCCUCAUCACCUUCCUCCUCAUCCUCCUCUUCUUCGACUAACUGUCCUGUGCCCACCUCUGUCCUUGCUCCUCCCCCUGGCCUGCCCCCGCUGGUCCCACCCCCAGCGCUAGAGGAGAAGCAGAACAAAGAGGCGACGGUCGCGCCGGACGUCAACGACGCGCCCGCCCGCAGGCCAGACGCCCCGGCAGCAGUCACCGCCGACACCGAGGACGCCCACAAGCAGCCCGACGCGACCUCAACCGCAGCCCAAUCUACAGCCCCUGCACCAAAGAGCUGGAAGAAGCCAAAUGAAGGGAGUCACAUGGGAGAGGCUCCAUCAGAGGAGAGAGAGGAGGGCCCCGUCAGAGAGCCAUCUCCCCCAGAGAAGGCCCCUCAGCUGGGCUCGGAGAGCCACGGCAGCCCCCCUCCAGCCCCCGCGGACCCUCAGGACCCCCGGGACUCCCGGCCCCCGCUGGUGCCUGAGGAGAACGGCCAGCCCGAGACGGAGCCCAUGAGGAACGGGGCCUCCCACGUGUCUGAGACGGAGAGCAACGACAGCGGCAACGACAGCGGCAUCGCCCCCGGCGACCAGGACGCUGGCUCCCCCACCACGCCCGCCGACCUCUUCCAAGAAGAGCUGGUGCAGGCUAAUGGUAAGAGGCAGUACAACAGGGACUUCCUGCUGGGCUUCCAAUUCAUGCCAGCCUGUGUGCAGAAACCUGAGGGCCUCCCACAGAUCAGUGAUGUGGUGCUGGACAAGAUAAACCAGAACAAACUGCCCAGCCGAGCGCCGGAACCCAGGGUCAUCUCCAGGGGCCCUGACUUCACCCCCGCGUUCGCCGACUUCGGACGCCCCAACUCGGGUGGCAGGGGUGCUCCGUUGUUGGGUGUGUGCCCGCGUCGGCCGCCGCCCCGUAAGAUCAUCAUGAACGUGUCGGUCGAUGACGUUCAGCUGAAGAAGGCGGAGAACGCAUGGAAGCCCGGCCUGAAGAGGGAGGCUGCCAGUGAAGACACCGGGGGCUCCAAGACACAGGACCUCUUCCGUAAGGUGCGCAGCAUCCUGAACAAGCUGACCCCGCAGAUGUUCAACCAGCUGAUGAAGCAGGUGAGCGAGCUGACCAUCGACACGGAGGAGCGCCUCAAGGGCGUCAUCGACCUCGUCUUCGAGAAGGCCAUCGACGAGCCCAGCUUCUCCGUGGCCUACGCCAACAUGUGCCGCUGCCUGGCGACGCUGAAGGUGGCCAUGACGGACAAGCCCAACACCACGGUGAACUUCCGCAAGCUGCUGCUGAACCGCUGUCAGAAGGAGUUUGAGCGGGACAAGGUGGACGACGUGGUGUUCGAGCGCAAGCAGAAGGAGCUGGAAGCGGCCACAUCGACGACCGAGCGCGACCGUCUGCAGGCGGCGCUGGAGGAGGCCAAGGACCUGGCGCGGCGGCGCUCCAUCGGCAACAUCCGCUUCAUCGGCGAGCUCUUCAAGCUGAAGAUGCUGACGGAGGCCAUCAUGCACGACUGCGUGGUCAAGCUGCUCAAGAACCACGACGAGGAGAGCCUGGAGUGCCUGUGCCGCCUGCUCACCACCAUCGGCAAGGACCUGGACUUCGAGAAGGCCAAGCCUCGCAUGGACCAGUACUUCAACCAGAUGGAGAAGAUCGUGAAGGAAAGAAAGACGUCGUCACGGAUACGCUUCAUGCUGCAGGACAUCAUCGACCUCCGGCUGCACAACUGGGUGUCCCGGCGGGCCGACCAAGGCCCCAAGACCAUCGAGCAGAUCCACAAGGAGGCCAAGAUCGAGGAGCAGGAGGAGCAGAGGAAGGUGCACCAGCAACUCCUCAACAAAGACAGCAAGAGGAGACCAGACCAGAGAGAGGCGCGCCCCCAGAGAGAGGAGCGUCCCCAGAGAGAGGAGAGCUGGAGCACUGUGCCCAUGAGCAAGAACAGCAGGACCAUUGACCCCACCAAGAUCCCCAAGAUCUCAAAGCCUCAGAUUGAUGAUAAGAUCCAGCUGGGCCCGCGAGCUCAACUCAAUUGGAUGAAAGGGAGCAGCGGGGGAGCCAAGGCCAGUGACUCUGAGCUCUCCCGUUCCACGGGCAGCAGUCUGAACCGUUACUCGGCCCUGCAGCAGUCCUCCACGGCCCCUCCCAGCCCCCAGGCCAAUCAGAGCGCGGACUACGACACCAGGAGAACUCUGGGAAGCCGUGGUAGUAUUAGCCGCGAGCGUGGCGAGAAGUCUCAGGCCCCUGCUGGAGGUCCGGCGGGUGUGGCCACGCGUCUGGGGCCCCUGAGCCGAGCGGGCAGCAGUAAGGAGCUGCAGGAAGGGCCCACCAAUGAGGAGUCUCGCAAAGAGGGGUCCGACACCCCCCCCACCCAGAACCAGCCCCAGAACCAGUCCCGCAGAGCCAGCACAGACGACAGGAGCGACACGGACCGCAGCAGAACCACCAAAGGACCUGCAGUAAAGGCUGAGACUCCCCCAGCUGUGGUUCCAGCCAAACCGGUCCUGCCAGAGGAUGAGAUGGAGAGGAAGUCACGCGCCAUCAUCGAGGAGUACCUGCACCUCAACGACUCCAAGGAGGCGGUGCAGUGUGUGGAGGAGCUGGGGCAGGCGUCUCAGCUGAGCGUGUUUGUGCAGGCAGGGGUGGAGGCCACGCUGGAGAGGAGCCAGGUGACGCGCGACCACAUGGGCCAGUUCUUCCACCUGCUCCUGCACAAAGACAUCCUGCCCAGAGAACAGCUCUACCGCGGGUUUGGGGAGACGCUGGAGCUGGCAGAUGACAUGGCCAUAGACAUCCCCCACAUCUGGCUGUACCUGGCGCAGCUGCUGGGCCCGCUGCUGAAGGAAGGGGGCCUCUCUAUGACAGAGCUCUUUAGUGAAUUAAGCAAACCAUUGCUUCCUGCGGGAAGAGCAGGGGUCUUAUUUGCUGAAAUACUGCACCUUCUAUGCAAACAAAUGAGCCAUAGGAAAGUGGGGUCGUUGUGGGUGGACUCAGGCCUGAGCUGGAGUGACUUCCUGCCCGAGGGAGAGGAUGUGCAGACCUUCAUCACAGAGCAGAAGCUGCAGUUCACGCUGCCGGACAGCCUGAGCCCCCCGCCGCUGCUGUCCAAGAAGCCCCUCUCCCCGGAGGAGCUGAGCCAACACCUAGAGCGCCUCCUACUGGAGGACAUGGUCAAUGACGAGCAGAUCUUCGACUGGGUAGAAGCGAACUUAGACGAUUCUCAGAUGAGCUCCUCCCCAUUUCUGAGAGCUCUAAUGACAGCAGUGUGCAAGGCGGCAGUGAAAGAUGAGAGCUCUUCUUGCAGAGUGGACACUGCCACUAUCCAGAAGAGAUUGCCUGUCUUACUGAAGUACCUUAACUCAGACACUGAGCGCCAGUUGCAAGCACUUUAUGCACUUCAAGCAUUGAUAGUAACUCUUGAUCAACCUCCUAACCUGCUCCGCAUGUUCUUUGACUGUCUGUAUGACGAGGAUGUGAUCUCAGAGGAUGCCUUCUACCUCUGGGAGUCCAGCAAGGAUCCAGCGGAGCAGUUGGGCAAGGGUGUGGCCCUCAAGUCCGUCACCGCCUUCUUCACCUGGCUACGUGAAGCAGAGGAGGAGUCGGAGGACAACUGAGAGAGGACGGACACACACACACACACACACACACACAAGCACACACACACACACACCCUCCGGAGGCAGUUCUGCUCACGUCCCACCAUGUUCUAGCCAGUGUGUCCGCAUCCUCAAGACUGACAGAGCCAGAUGGGACAAAAGGACAGAAGGAACACGGUGCUGUGAGACAGAGGGAACGUGAACGCAAUGUUUUUUCUACGUUCCAUUGAGUUCCUUUGACCCCCUGAGGAAGAUCUCCAGAGAUGGGAACACUACAUAUGUGUACUAUACAUAGAAAAUAUUUUUGCUUUAAAUUUUAACUUUUUUUUUUUCGUUUCUUCUUCUUUUGUUACGUAUUGAAGAGACUUGAAAACAGGUUAUGACCUGGUUAAUUUAUUAUUUUUUUAAGAGACUGCAAAGACGGACCUUUUAUUUAACAUUUGCAGAAAAAGCUCAUAUUGAGGAGAACGUCACUGACGAUAGAAAUUAACAAAGUAAUUCUCAUUACAGUAAUAAUACUUGUGAAUUGAAUAGCCUCCCUGGAUUCCCGAGUUGUUUGUUUGAAGAGGGUUUCAGUAAGAAGUUAUUUUUGGAUGAAAGGUGUGGCAGAGACAGAGAUGGUUGAAGUUUACUAUGUGCAAGGUCAAAGGUUAUGAUAGAAUAACCCCUCCAAAGUCUGGUGUUGCAGGGUUUGCUUCCUCUAUGGAAAACAGUUUGAGCUUCCAAAAGGACACGGGACAAAGGACCAACACACACACACACGCACACACACACACACACACACACACACACACACACACACACAAGAACUUUCUUUGAGCUGCCAAGAAGAGCAAGGACUUGAUAAAGAAGGUGUGUGUGUGUGUGCCUAUGUGAGUCCAAACCAUACCAGGGUUAUUCAACCUUCUAAUUCUCCAGACAUGAAGAGCGAAUUUAAAGUACAUGUAAAUACAUUAAAGACUGUCUAAGAACAUGCUGUGUGACGUUUUACAAUGCAUUGUACUAAUACCAUUCAAGAAACCCUCCGUAUACCCAAUGUCACUCACUAUCGACUCAUUAAAGGUGAGGUCCGCGACUGUAAUCUAA